AAUGUCUAGCGAUGCCCACUGGCUCCUAGAUGUGACUAUAGAAACGAGCUUUUAGUAUUAUCUCUACGCAUCAUAACAGGCCCUAACACUGCAAGCGUAUCAACUUCCCUUACUGGUACUCAACGAAAGAAGAUAAUAAUUUUGUAUGACGUCCACAAUAAUCGCAUGACGCUCUCCACGUACAUCGACAUCAAGGCACACUCAACUCGUCGUGUGUUAGAUGUGCAGACAAUAUGACAUACAUUCCAUACAAACAAGACCGAUCAACUCUACAAUUGCGACAGACGAGUCCGCCCACCGCAUUCUCCCCUGAGUACCGGGCAUACAACAACGCACCUCAGAUUCAAACCAUUGUCUGCACGAUCUCCGCAAUAGGUCUGCUCACAGGAAUCCUACGACUGUAUAUACGACGGAGUUUUCGUGUGCUCGGCUCGGAUGAUUAUGUUAUGAUGGGGACGAUGUUACUUGCGCUAGGAACGAUGAUAUGCUUGCUGUUGGAAACUCUCAACGGAAUUGGACGACAUAUCGAUACUUUCCAACCGACCGAAGUCAGGGAAGUGCGCCUUCUGAUCUUCGUCCACUCCCUUUUCAUAGUCACUGGCAUUAGCUCGGUCAAGGUCUCUGUCGGUUUUUUCUUGAUGCGCCUGACCACUAAAGCAAGUCGAUACUACACUUUUAUCCAAGGCUCGAUUGUCUUCACGCUCCUCUUCUGGCUCACUUGCCUUAUCAUUCUCAUAUUCCAGUGUAAACCCAUCCAUGCAGCGUGGGAUACAAAUGUGAGUGACGCAAAGUGCUACAGUAGCCGGAUAUUCAUCGACAUCGGCAUCACCAACAGCUCUGUCAACAUCGCGACCGAUAUUCUAUUUGCAACAAUACCGAUCCCCCUGAUAUGGAAACUGCAACUGAACACAAGAACUAGAAUCUCACUAGUCACAGUGCUCGGCCUAGGAUAUUUCGCGUCUGCCGCCGCGAUAGUCAAAGCCGUGAAACAAGCUACAUUCUUCAGCACUCCUGACUGGACUGUCCACGACUCCUUCAAUGUCUGGAACGUCAUUGAGCUCUCCGUCGGCAUGAUUGCUGCCAACCUGCCCUGCCUCAAGCCGCUCUUCAAUUGGUUCCUCGACACGGCGCGGGCCAUCUCGUCCAAGAGCGAGCCUACACUCCGAAACAUCCGCACCGCAGGCUGCGGCUACCACGCAGCAGCGGUUGGGUACAUUAAUCGUAACAACAGCGAUGAGAUUAGUAUUGCACUCGAGGGUCUAACGGGUCCCAAGGAUCAAUAUUCAGGGACCCCCUAUGGGAAAACACACACCGUGAUCGAGGGCGGGGCUGGAGAGAAUGAGAAGAUCGAAGGGAAGAGUCUUGGCUGGUUACUUGACGAGGCGAGCAGGAGUGAUGAGAGCAUCCUGAUUGCUGGGAGGAUGAUCCCUCCGAGGGGAAUAAUGAGGACUACGGAGGUGCUUGUUUCGCGCUGAAGGGGUAUUGGAGAGGAAUAGGAGGACGGGGACUUAAUGAAUAGAGACCGGAGUCAACUAUCGCUUCUAAGGACUGAUUUCGACGGGCCGUGGAGAGCACGACGGACCGUGCGGUUCUGAUUA